AUGCAAUUCGCCAGUGAUGUGGAGCGGAAAGUAUUCGACAAGCUAGUCAAAAACCUGCCUACAUUGAUUGAACAAAAGUGCCAUGGCCACGAUGAGCUGUACGGUUAUAAGCUUUUGCCAGGAGAGUAUUACCAAGAGACAAUUGCGCACGCUCUGGUGUACAAAUUUUGUAAAGCGUACAAAUUUGACUACGAGGCUUCAGCUUCAGCGCUAUGCAGCACCCUGAACUGGAGAAGAGAAUUCGACCCAUUGAGUGCUGCUUUCAGCGAGCGUCAUGACGAAACGCUAACAAAAGUAGGUGUGCUCACCAAAUACCCGGAGGAAGAGGCCAAUAAGAAAGUUGUCACUUGGAAUCUGUAUGGCGAUUUGGCCAAACAAACGCAUGUUUUCAAGGACAUCAACAAGUUUCUACGGUACCGGAUUGGGCUGAUGGAACGUUCCAUUGGCUUGCUGGAUUUCAGUGACGAAACAAACAAUUUUGUGGCACAGGUUCAUGACUACGAUGGCGUCUCUAUGUGGAAGAUGGAUCCUCAGAUUAAGAAAUGUACGAAACAAGUGAUCGCCGUUUUCCAAGAGCACUAUCCGGAGUUGCUGUCUGCCAAAUUUUUCAUCAACGUGCCCAGUCUGUUGACUUGGGUUUAUGAUGUGGUUAAGAAGUUUGUUAGCGAGGAUACUAGAAAGAAAUUCGUGGUGCUGAACGAUGGUACCAAGUUGGGACAGUAUCUUCCAUCUGCUCCAUCCAGUCUUUAUGGAGGUAAAUCCAAAGAAACACUACAGGCUCAAAACGUCACAGACGUGAGACCCACCGACUAUACGCUUCAUCUUUUCCAACAAAAGGUAUCUGCGGAUGUCGAGUGA